AUGAGAGCCAGUGACCUACUUGUCAGACUCGUCUGUGCGUUAGCGCUCUGAUGAAAAGAACAAAGAAGGAAAUCUUCCACAAACUGGAUUAACUAUUUCCUUCUUCAGGGAUACACAUUUAGAGAGCUCAUUGCUAAAGGGGGAAGUUUGUGUGUGGCACACGGAGAGCUCCUUAUCCAUUACCUCAGUUUCCAGCCCUUUGCUCUCUGUCAAGUCAAGUAUAUAACUGAGGUGUUGAACAGGCAAGAUGGGCUGUAUGAAGUCCACACUGAACCAAGGUCUGAGCAGUGCUGUGGAAAGCAAAAUCAGCCAGCAGCCUGUACGUACCGACCAAACGCACUAUGUCAGAGACCCCACCUCCAAUACAAAAAACAACAUAAAUAACUCCCUGUUACCUGGUCAGGUGUUCCAGAAGAUGGAGGAGCAAAAUGGGGUUGGUAAAGUAGUGAUCAGCCUUUACCCAUACGAAGCUGCACAUCCUGAUGACUUAGGAUUCAAGAAGGGCGAAAAGAUGAAAAUCUUGGAAGAGCAUGGAGAUUGGUGGAAAGCAAAGUCUUUGGCUACCAACAAAGAAGGAUUCAUCCCAUGCAAUUAUGUUGCCCAAGUUGACACCAUGGAAACAGAGGAGUGGUUUUUCAAAGAUAUCACAAGGAAGGAUGCAGAGAGGCAACUGUUGGCACCUGCAAACAAACCAGGCUCUUAUCUGAUCAGGGAAAGUGAAACAACAAAAGGCAGCUACUCAUUGUCAAUCAGAGACAAGGACGCCCAAGGGAUGGAUUCUGUAAAACAUUACAAGAUCAGGAUGCUGGAUAACGGUGGAUGCUACAUUUCUCCUAAAAUCUCAUUUCAGAAUAUUGGCAGCAUGAUCAAACACUACCACAACAAAGCAGAUGGCCUGUGUCGUAAACUGGACCGUCCAUGUGUAAAGCCCAAAGCUCAGAAGCCAUGGGAUAAAGAUGCUUGGGAAAUUUCCAAAGAUUCUAUUAAAAUGGUGAAGAAACUGGGAGCAGGACAGUUUGGGGAAGUCUGGAUGGCAUACUACAACAACGCAACCAAAGUGGCGGUAAAGACGCUGAAGCCCGGCACCAUGACAAUUGAGGCCUUCUUGGAGGAAGCCAACGUGAUGAAGACGCUGCAGCACAACAGGCUGGUGCGGCUCUAUGCUGUCAUCACCAAGACAGAACCUAUCUACAUCAUCACCGAAUUCAUGGCAAAUGGGAGCCUUCUAGACUUUUUAAAGAGUGAUGAAGGAUGCAAACUUCAACUACCCAAGCUCAUUGAUUUCUCUGCACAGAUAGCAGAAGGGAUGGCAUACAUAGAGAAGAAGAACUAUAUUCACAGAGACCUGAGGGCUGCUAAUGUCCUCGUGUCCGAGAGUCUGCUGUGCAAGAUAGCUGAUUUUGGUUUGGCAAGAGUCAUAGAGGAUGACGAGUACUCUGCCAGAGAGGGAGCAAAAUUCCCCAUAAAGUGGACUGCUCCGGAGGCCAUCAACUAUGGCAGCUUCACCAUCAAAUCUGACAUGUGGUCUUUCGGAGUCUUGCUCUAUGAGAUUAUCACCUUUGGUAAAAUCCCUUAUCCAGGUAUGACUAAAGGAGAGGUGAUUUCCUCCGUGCAGCGUGGCUACAGAAUGCCUCGGCCUGAAACCUGUCCCCCUGAGCUGUAUGACAUCAUGAUGUCCUGCUGGAAAAAUCGACCUGAGGACAGACCCACGUUCGACUACCUGCAGAGUGUCCUGGGUGACUUCUACACCGCCACAGAGGGACAGUACCAGCAACAGCCCUAAGGAGGCUGAGCGAGAGACUUUUCACAGAAAACAUUUCUCAUUCCCUCUACUUGAUCUUAAAUACUGAUUGUGGGCCCUCAAAGAGCCACCUGUAGGUAUGUGUAAUUAAAAGAAGAUCAUUUAUAUAUUAAAUAUAUAUGGUCAAUGUGCCAUUGUGGGUUUGGGUUUUAAUAUAUAUUUAAAUAUAUAUAUUAAAACUGUUAUUAACAGCUUUGUCAGUUUAUAUCAAUAUAUAAAUAAACAACCUACAAGAGUCAAAUAAUUAAAACUUAAUUUUACUUUAAUCUUUUGACACUAGAGUUUUGUGAAGAAGCUCUUAAGAAAAAUACGACAUUUUUUCUAUUUCGCUGUUUGUUGGAGUGCCUGAACAAACAGACAUUAUACAAAGCAUUUGCAAAGGAAGGAGAGGAUAUAAGGUCAGUAACCAUUUAGUGAAAAUGCUGAUACAUUUCUUAAUAUUCUUUCUGAAUGCAUAUGUAAAUACAAAUGAAGCUUUUUCUAACUUUAUUUAAGUAUCAUAUGUAAUUCAACAUGGAGGGCAUAUCUUUUUUUGAAAAAAUAUCAAUAAGGAUGUGACUUCUGCUUUUACAUUUCAGAUCUAAUUAUUUCAUAAGCUGCUCUAUCAAUUACACCCUUUCCCUCUUGUGAUGUGAAUUCUUCCCUUUUCUGUUGCCUGUUUCAUUGCCCAUAGAGGGUUUAACUAUCUCUACAAUUUGUCCGCUUCAUAUUGAAGUGUUUUAUUUCCUGUUUAUUUUGCUUGUUUGAAGGGGUAAACAGAAACUUUUUCCCUUCAACAUUUCAAAUUUGUAUUUCACUAUCAAAUCACUGUUUUUAUUAGUACUUUGGAGUGAGUAUAACCUUGCGUCCUGAAGGUGUUGAAUAGAGUCCCAUUCCCUGACUGCAUUAACUUUGUGGAACCACGUGUCAUUUGUAAUUGAAUAAUGAUUCAUGUUUGGUGUUUAGUGAGAAUGUGUAAAUAAAUUUAAGAUGAGCUAAAGGUUUAUCUAUUCCUUUCUACGGUGUUGGGUGGCUUACACUGUACAGAACUGUGCUUGAACCCCCCAUAAUUAAUUUAAAAUGUAAAGGUAGGUUUUCACAAAUAUUGACUUAAAGUAUAAUAGCACAAACUUUGUUUUUGCCUCACAAACUGUUUCUAUUUGAACAUGUAUCAAUAAAUGGCU